AUGCAACAAUGUUCUGUUGGCCUUGAAAGAGAUGAUGAAUGCCACAAGAAAUCUUUUACUUCAAGUGUUGGUUUGAUGAAUGCUGCUGAACUGGAUGAUGAAGAAAAAGAGUUGAUUGCCUUAAGAGCAGAAAUGAAGAAUUCCAUAGAUACAGUUUGUUUUCACCACAAACAGUUUUAUCUGGUGAAGUUUAUGACCUACCAGGAUAGAUGCUGUGACCCUUUUCAUUCACACAAAAAACCUGCUCAUGGUUCUUUACGAUUAAUAAAGAUGGAACUUGUGAAGUCGGCACAGCGACUCCAAUUGGAUUUGAUUCCUGGAAAAAAGUUAUGUCCCACAUGCCGCAAAAAACUAUCAGCCAUUGAGGCAAGUCGGAAUGAUAGCACAGAGGAAGACCCCAGUGACGAAAUGCUAUUUGUGGAAGAAUCUGUUUCGCGUGAUGAAGAUAGGGAUCAGUUGCAGGAUUUGUUUUCCUCCAUUGGAGUGUCCCCAAUAAAGGUACAUGGGAAGCCGGAAACAGCCAGAAUUAGCAGCAGCAAAAGGAAGAUCGAAAAAGCAAGAUGUUUUGAUGAAAUGAUGAGUCGUCUUCGUGAAAAGAUCUUUUCCUUGACAUCAUCGAGGGCAAAACUUCAAAUCUUGACCUUGUGUCCAUCAAACUGGACAGUCAAACAGUGUGCUGAAUAUUUUAAAGUUUCAGAGUAUCUUGUACGUACUGCUCGAAAACUUGCAAAUGAAAAAGGCAUUCUGUCACUUCCAGACCCCAAAAUGGGUAGAGGGCUCUCCCAAGUUACUAGAGAUUUGGUACUCCAAUUUUACCAUGACGAAGAGCACACCAGGGAAAUGCCAGGUCAAAAAGAUUUUGUAAGCAUUGGUCGCAAUAUACAUAAACAAAAGCGACUUAUUCUUUGUAACUUAAAGGAACUAUUCAGCUCUUUCAGGGAAAAGUUCCCAGAAGUAAAGAUAGGGUUUUCGAAAUUUUGUUCUCUGAGACCCAAGUGGUGCAUUUUGCCAGGUGCUGCUGGAACACAUUCAGCAUGUGUUUGUAUCAUACAUCAAAAUGCCAAGCUACUUCUUUCUCCUAUUGGGGCUAAUUACAAAGAAUUAACAAAGUUUCUGGUUUGUGACAUUGAUGACAAAGAGUGCAUGGUACAACGUUGUCCAAAUUGUCCAAAGUCAACAGACAUUUUCCAGCACAAGUUGUACGAAAGAAAGAUGUUUCAAACAUAGCUAAACUUUUUACUACUUUUCAGAAUUAAAUUUUCAGUUUAUGUUUUGAAACAUUUUCCAUGCCAGCACCAAGAUAGAUCAUAAUUUGUCCUUUACAUGACAUCACCAGCUGUACUCUGCACUGUCAUCUUUAAAAGCACAUUAAAACAUACAAUUAUAACAUUGCACAUGUGAAUUGAAAAUAUAAUUUUGGGAAAAUGUUGCGUGCAUGCAGGCAUUUGAUAUGAAAAAUGGUCAGAUUUUCCAACCCAAUUUGA